CACACACUCUCUCUCUCUCUCUCACCCUUUCUCUCUCGUCUUGUUUAGCUAGCUAGCUUAGCUGCUGGGUUGAUGAUGUAUAUGAAUCCAAGAAUGGUUGGGUGUGGGGAGAGGACACUGGUCCUCUCCCAUGGCUACGGAGGCAGCCAUGCCAUCUGGGACAGGGUGCUGCCCCAUCUCGCUCUCACUAACAUGGUGCUCCUGUUCGACUGGGACUUCUCCUGCGCCGACGAGGCGGCGGCGGCGGCGGAGGAGCGGUACACGUUCGCGAGGUACGCCGACGAGCUGGCGGCGGUGAUGGACGAGAUGGGGGUGAGCGGCGCGGUGUACGUGGGGCACUCCAUGGCCGGCAUGAUCGGCUGCAUUGCGUCCGUCAAGCGCCCCGACCUCUUCACCCACCUCGUGCUCGUCGGCGCCUCCCCGAGGUACAUCAACUCGGAUGAUUACGAGGGCGGGUUCGACGAGCCGGACAUCCACGCGAUGCUGGCAACCAUCUCGUCGGACUUCCUCUCCUGGGCCAACGGCUUCGUCCCGCUCAUCGCCGGCGGCGACCCCUCCACCGUGGAGACGCUGGCGGGAAGCUUCUUCGCCAUGGACCCGCGCGUGGCUCACGCACUGGCGCGCAUGGUCUUCCUCGGCGACAACCGCGACGUGCUGGACCGCGUCGCCGUGCCGUGCACCCUGGUCCACGCCUCCGGCGACUUCGCCGCGCCGCCGUGCGUCGGCGCGUACAUGGCGGACUGCCUCGGCAAGCGGCGUCGCGCCGCCGCCGCCGCCAUGGUGACCGUCGACUCGGUCGGGCACUUCCCCCAGCUCGUCGCGCCCGACGAGAUGCUCCGGGUACUCGACCUCGUGCUCGCCAACGCCGCCGACGACGAGGAGCCUGCAGAUCAGGCCGCCGCCGGGAAGGAGGGGAGCAGUAGUGGCCUCGCCAUCGCCGCCGAGGUGGAUGUGAAGGGCGACAUCGAUGUGGCUAGCUAGCUAGGUAGCCACUUCCAUUCCAUGCAUGCCGAUGCCGGUGCCGGCCGGUCGCCGGCGGCUAGCUGAAGCUAGUGUGUGUCCCUUCUUACUGUUUGGGUCGUCGUCACAUACAUAUAUAUACGAGUAUUUUUUCUAUCCUGAGAAGGUAUUAUGAGAUAUCAUUAAUUUCUAGGUAUCACCUAAUAUUUAAGAUAUCAAGAUGUAUUAAAUUUUACAUAGAAAACAGUGAUAUUUUCUAGUACCUUUUUAAGAAUGAUAAAAUUGCUCUAUAUACAUAGUUUCGUUUUAAUCGACAAAAUUAAAUA